CAUGCAAUGACAACACGUUGGCCGAGCAGUUGCUCGCGCGCUGCCUCGAGCAUUUCCACCUACUCCAACGGCAGCUUGCAACAGCAGCUCCUCCUCGUCCGUCGACGAAACAAUGGCUUCCUCAAGUCAUCCACCGCACGAUACAUCUCCUCCAGCCCAAGAAGAUUAGACUCAAAGGACAAACAGGACGCAAGACCCGGACCAGAAAAAGCAGCGCUGGUCGCGAUACAGAACGGACGCAAUGUACACACAGUCAACCCACCGUCGAGCACGCUCCCUCCACCCCUCAAACUCCCAGAACGCGGCGACUCCAGUACACCAAUCUACUACUUCAAGAUCGGCCGUGCCUACGGCUCUUUCUACUGGCUCGGUCUGAAAGCAGUGUGGUUCAAUCAUCAAGCCGUGAAACUGCUCAAAGCCCGCCUACCAAAGCCCGCCAAAGAAGGCGGCCCUGGCCAGGAGCGUGCUUCCCCUCCUCUCGAGCGUCUAUCACAUCUCACUCGCGCCGAACACCAACUACUCGCCCGCGACGCAUACGAUAUCGGCAAACUCCCCUUCUUCGGCGUGCUGGUCUGCAUCUUUGGCGAAUGGCUGCCUCUCAUUGUACCUUUCAUUCCCUCGGCAGUUCCAGGGACUUGUCGCAUUCCGAAGCAGAUCAGGGGUAUGAGAGCAAAGGCGGAAGACAGGAGGAGGGUGGCGUUCAGGAAUGGCAUCUCCGAGCCGUCGAAAGAGCAGCUGUUGGGCGGCGCUGGGUCGAAGGAUACGAAGCAGGAGAGGAAGAGCCUGGAGUGGCCGACUACACGAAAGGAGCAUAUUAUUGGACUUCUUUCACGACUGAGGGACGACCAAUUAUACCAUCUCUCCUCGGUGUUGAACUUGCACAACCGCUUCUGGGAUAGGAUACAACUUCCGCCGCCGUCUUUCCUGCUCCGACGGGCUUUGUCGAGGAAUCUGACAUAUUUGGCGAGUGACGACUUUCUCUUGCUCAAGUCUGGAGACAAAGCGCUGAACGAGCUAUUACCGGAGGAGGUCGCGAUAGCGUGUGAGCAGAGAGGUAUUGAUGUACUCGGGAAGAGAGAUGAGACUUUGCGCAAGGAAUUGUGGCAGUGGUUGAAGAAGCAGAAG